AAAAUACAAUGCCACCCAACAGAGGACACGAAAGCAAUAACAAUAAUUUGGAGGCGACUCGAAUUAAAUAUACGCUACACACUGACCAGGGAUUCCCUUCCACGACGGAGAUUGCAGUCCAGUUCGACCUUAUGACGCCAGCCCUGGUCAUAAACUCAUUUCCCGACACGGAAACGAUCCGAGGGGGUAAACUAUUUCAUGACGUGCAUACCUUCGUAGUGCGACACUUUGCUACCCUUAACCACGUCAAGGAUUCCAAGUACCAUGCCAAACUUGUCCUACAUUCGACAACAUAUGCCACAUAUUGCUACUACUUUGCUUCAAAUUACGAGAAGCAGCUCUACUUUGCUACGAUACAUGCGUGGGGUGCGAUUUUGGACGAUUGGAUUGAAAAUGGAAAUGCACUCAAUGCGGACAGAGCACGAGUAGAAAUUCUAGGCUGCAUUGAGGAAUUCAUUGCGACUGGAACAAACAAAGAGGUCAUGCCCCCUCAAUCUGAUCCCUUCCUUCACGCCAUCAUGGGAGGCUAUGCGGAAUGUGAGGCCAUGGCGGAUGAAAUUAUUCCAGAUUACCUAAAACAGAAGCACGAUUAUGUCAAGGGUUUAAAAAAUUAUUUACACUCGAACGCAUGGGGUUUAAUGGAUUCAAGUUUGAAGGGAUACUCGUUCGAACAAUUUUUGCACUGGAGAAAUUUGGAAAGUGGAAUAUUCCUCUCGACUGAAAUACUUAUGCUGUGUGAAAAUGCAACUCUCCCGAAGCACGUGGGAGAUCACGUGAUGGUUAAGACGCUUCGAUACAUGUGACAGCCUGGGCGCUGUCCGAAACGAUAUUCUCGGAGUGAAAAAGGAACUAGCGAAAAACGAGGAGGGAAGCACGGUCAUGUUCAAAAUCCGUGUUGAAGGAAAAUCCCUGAAUUCAAGAAAUGCUUGCCCUUCACGAUAAGCUUUAUCGUGAUUACGUCCAGUUGAGGGAAACAGUUUUGACCAUGUUUGAAUCCGCGGGGCAAGAUAAUUUUAAGAAACUUCAGCAUCACAUUGAGUUAUUGGAACGGUACGAAUAUGGAACUACCUUGUCUCAUUUUAUGACACCAAGAUAUCUACUUUGAGUUGGAACAGAUUAAAUAGAUUGGUUACAUUUCAUAGGUUUUAUAUAGCACAUAUUUGUAUCCUGUUUUUUGAAGCCUUCCAGAAACUAUAGGGACAGUUUCUUUUCUAAUAUUUAACAUGGAACAAGGGAAACCCGGAGUUAUUUUGGUUCAUGAGACGUGUAAAAAAUAUUAUCCCUGAAACCGUUAAAAUUGAAAAUCAUCAAUUAUUUCGUGUGCAUAGAUAUGUAAAUCUUUGUAAAAUUCCCCGAAUUUUCAAAUCGUUUACUUGAAAUGUCGAAAUAAUUGAUUGAAAUAUUUAAUGAAAUACAUUUAUAGCUUUGACUUUUUUAUUGAGCUCUUUCAUAAUACCCUAAUUUUAAGAAAAAAAUGAAAAAUGUUAUUGAAAUAUUUGAUUAAAUUUAAUAUUUCAUACAAUUCGUAAGUAAAUACGUUACGAACGAAUUUGAUGAAGUGUGCAGACUUAUUAAAUUUAUAGAUUAUAAGUCUGACAAAGGCAUAAUUUGCAAAUAUGGCGUUAGCAGAGAUUGGCUAAGAUAUGUUUUUUAUGCUUGAAUAAUAAAAAAUUAAAAUUUAGUUGUAACUUAGUUGCUAAUGUAUAUUGGUAUUCAAAAAUAACGGAAAUUGAUAUACAUGUUUGUCAAUUAAUUUUUCGAAUUUGUAAAGACCUGAUGAAGGAAUAAGCAUUCCGAAAGCUAGUGUCAAAUUUUACAA